AUGUCAUCGUGCUGUCUGCCGCAUCCAUCCAAAACGAGUAGCGACUAUGCUGCUCACUACUAUAUUCGUCAUCUUUGUGAAGUUCGUUCGUCAGCCGUUGCCGUACUGCUACACCCGCAGAUGCCACAAUGCGUGAUGCUGAUUCUGGUCGCUUACUUUUCGGAUUGCGCUCUCAGUUUUCUCACAGCCUUCGCGGCCUUUGGUAACCCGGGCGAUGACCGAGCCGGUGUGAUGUUCGGUGGUCCUAAUGCUACAUAUGGGCAGUUGACAAAGUUUUAA